CGUCCUAAGUUCCAGCUUCCGUUAACUCUGUAAUCAUCAUCCAAUUGUGCUUCGAGUGAUCUGUUGGAAGCCGAACACAAUUACUUUUUCAACUUGCUUUGUUCGGGUUUACAGAGCAAUCACAAAAAACCACCCCCGAGAGUCUGAAAUCCAGCGAAUUUAGACUACAUAGUGAUGCUCGGGUAAAAUGCACCGACUUCGGUGGUUUUCAUGUCACAUUCUGCUCGCUUCGAUUUUUUUGCUGUUGCCAAGGGCAAAGUUUAUCGUCUUUACCCGAAAUAUCACUGCUAUGCCAUGCCAUUUAUUGUGUUUGCCUAGUCUCUGCAAUCAAUAAAGCCACGUAUGUCAUAUUGCAGCGCUUACAAAUGCUUGAUCACCUAUCGCUUAGUGUUAUAAGAAAAGUUUUCCAAAAGAAUACAUCAUCUUAAGCCCUACAUCAUCGAAUACAGUAUCAUUCAGAAAUUAUAUUGUCUAGAACAUUGUUUGUAUAUACUAGCCUUGGAAUACCUACUAAUAAGUUUUACUUCAGAUUCAGAUAAGUUCGUGGCGCAAUUCCCACCCAAACCCCGCAAGAUUGGCGUUCCUACUCCGACAUCAACAACUUCUACCGUUUCGGCAACGACACCUAAGCGGAGCCUAGUUGGUGCAUCAGCCUCCAAGCCCUUCAUGGAAGCCCUUGCCUUCUCAGAAGAACCUCCUCUGCGGGUUCCCGAAACCAUUGGCACCCUAAUCGAAGUCCGUGCUUCUCCCAAGGGCGGCCUUGGUAUCUUUGCUCUCUGUCCCAUACCGCCUAACACUCUUCUCUUAAGCGAAAAGCCUCUUGUCAUCCUCACCGACACAGGGACGCGUAAAGACCCCCUGGACGCCCUAGUAGACGCCUUAUCCCCUUCUCACAAAGCAGCAUUCCUCUCACUUCAUGCUUAUCAGGCAAACCCACGAGAAUCCAAAAACCGAAGCAUUUUGUACAGUAAUGGAUUUGGAGUAGGCAAAGUGGAGAGCUUAUCUACGGGCGUUUUCGAGACGGCCAGUAGGUUUAAUCAUGCUUGUGUGGCAAACUCAGGAUAUAGAUGGGAAGAGGAUUUGGACAAAAAAGGAAGGAUGAAAUAUUUCAGUAUCAGGUAUAUUGAACUGGGAGAAGAAGUUACUGUGGAUUAUGGACAUGGGGCAAAGGGGCUGAAGAGAUUUUACGGCUUUGAGUGUGAUUGUAAGAAGUGUCGAGAGGGGGAGAUGUGAAGUGAGAGGAUGCUUGGAGGAGGGAAAUUGUGGAAAAUUCAAGGAGGUGGGCUUGGGCAUCUUGAGUAAUCGCUGAAGGCGCUGGUGUUGGACAUUGAGGGAGCUGGGAUGGAGUAGAGGCUAUAUAUGACACAAGGCUCUUGACUUUCUGAUAUUAGAUCAAACAACCCGAAGUCCCUAUAGGUAUAACAAGUCACCUGAGAUUAUAUCAGACGAUCAAACUACCUUUGAUCCAAAUAAUGAUACUUCCCCAUAUUCAAGAAGACAGGUCUAUCAGAAGAAAGAGCAAAAAUUCUUCUUAUGUCUUGAUUUCAUACCAUCUCCCUUAGUUCUUGGCACUUCUUACUUUACAUCCCACCUAGAGAAACGUUAAU